GAGCAGGUUGAGAGAUGAGAGGACGCGACGGCAGGCGAACAACUCCACCCCUCUCCACUCCCGUCCUGUUGAGAAAUCUACAGAUUCACAUCGGUGAGCUUCAUCCAAAGCCUGCUCCUCCGCUCCGACACUGAACCGCGACAACAGCGUUCUCACUAUACCUGAAGUUAGUCUGUGCCAUUUCAGUUGAAAAGAGCUUCCCCUGUCUUCCAUCAGCAGGAAGAGAAGACAGACUGUGAACAAACCUCGUCAUGAACUGGGCAUUCCUCCAGGGCCUCCUCAGCGGAGUGAACAAGUACUCCACAGCCUUUGGCCGAGUGUGGCUCUCUAUCGUCUUCCUCUUCAGGGUCAUGGUGUUUGUGGUGGCCGCGGAGAAGGUAUGGGGAGACGAACAGAAAGACUUCAAAUGCAACACGGCUCAGCCCGGGUGCCACAACGUCUGCUAUGACCACUUCUUCCCUGUGUCCCAUGUCCGGCUGUGGGCCCUGCAGCUCAUCUUCGUCACAUGCCCCUCACUCCUGGUGGUGAUGCACGUAGCCUACAGGGAGGACAGGGAACGAAAACACCGACUCAAGUAUGGUGAAAACUGCCGCCGCCUCUACCAGAACACAGGCAAGAAGCGCGGAGGCCUGUGGUGGACUUAUGUCCUCACUUUGGUCUUCAAAAUAGCUGUGGACGCCACCUUCGUCUACCUCCUCUACCACAUCUAUGAGGGCUAUGACUUCCCGUUGCUCAUCAAGUGCAAACAGAAGCCCUGUCCCAACACAGUAGACUGCUUCAUCGCUCGCCCCACUGAGAAAAGAAUCUUCACCCUAUUCAUGGUGGUCACCAGCCUGGUCUGCAUCUUGCUCUCUAUUUUUGAAAUUCUCUACCUUGUUGGCAAACGCUGCCAUGAAUGUUUCUCCUCUGGCCAUCAGUCCCGCCACAUCACGACCAACACACUGUCCAGCGGAAGCAGCUUGAUGGAGUCAAACACACUAAAGCUGCCGCGUAAAAACACCCCUGAGACACCUGCACCAUCGUACAGUGUCGCCAUAUCUUGAGACACUGAGCAAAAAGGCAAAGACUUCAUGAAAAAACAAAGACAUGGGAAAGGAAAUGCUUCUCCUCAUUCCACUGGCACUUCCUUAAAAGACUUGACAACAGACAUUUGUCAACUCAGAGAUUGAUCUGCAACAGAGUUAGUUCCUUACUGUUUCUGUGUCCACAGUCAAAGGAAUUUUGGACUACAACACGUGUCAUUAAUCUGGAAUGUCCUCACUGUUGUGGACUCGGGUUGGAGUAUUUGCAGAGAUUUUUACAAAUGUAGAAGUUCGAUAUCCCCUGCAAAUAAAGAAAAAGGCAAGUUUGUGCGAUGCAGUAUCAGAUUUCACCUCGAGUUCAGUCGCAUGAGUCACUCCAUGGUUUGGAGAGUAUGGUUUCAUAAACACAUGUGGUUUUCUCUGUAAGAUUUUCCCUCUGCUCAUGGCCAACCUCGAAAUGUUUAGUUCAGACUGCACUGUGUCUCCUCCCUUCACCCACAUGUUCUCGUGUCUUGUUGCAAAUGCUGUACUUUAUAUAAUUUAUCAAAAGGUUUGAAAUAUUGUGCUGUCACUGUCCUCAUUUGUUGUCAUGUUUGUGCAGACAGGCAGUAGAGAGCAGCAAUGAAGGCGAACUGCUGUUUGUAAAACACAGUUGUUAAAGGAUUUGUGUAUUUUACAGUGUUGAGGUGCAGCAUGGCUGCAUAUUUGUUAAUAGAAUUUUUCAUUAAAGAUUUUCAUGUUUUGAAAA